CAAACCCUCUUCCUUUAAAGCUUGCUCCUCCACACCCAACUGAAUAAAGCCCACAGCGUUCCCUAUAAUUACCAAAAAACCACACCACUGCUCUGCUUUCUCUCUGCAAUUCCCAAAUCCCAAUCCUUUCGCAGCAGCUGCAGACAUCCCUUCUCAGUUAGUUACCAAACGGUUUAUAUUUUGCCCAUUCUACCCUUCCCAUCCCCUUUAGUUACCACCCCUACCACUCUCCCUCUUCAAAUACGAGAAUUCCAGGCAUUUCUUUUUCUCCAGGAAGAUGAUUUCAUGGAAGGAUCUUUACACGGUCCUGACCGCCGUGGUCCCGCUCUACGUGGCCAUGAUCCUCGCCUACGGAUCCGUCCGUUGGUGGAAGAUCUUCUCUCCCGAUCAGUGCUCCGGGAUCAACCGAUUCGUGGCGAUCUUCGCCGUCCCUCUUCUGUCGUUCCACUUCAUCUCAACCAACGAUCCGUACUCGAUGAACUUCCGAUUCAUCGCGGCGGACACACUGCAGAAGAUCAUCAUGCUCGUCGUGCUUACUCUCUGGACGAACCUGACGAGGAACGGGAGCCUGGAAUGGAUGAUCACGAUCUUCUCUCUGUCGACGCUCCCGAACACGCUCGUCAUGGGGAUCCCGCUCCUGAUCGCCAUGUACGGUAAAUAUUCCGGCAGCCUGAUGGUGCAGGUGGUGGUGCUGCAGUGCAUCAUCUGGUACACGCUGCUGCUGUUCCUGUUCGAGUACCGUGGCGCGAAGAUGCUGAUCACGGAGCAGUUUCCGGAGACAGCAGCUUCGAUCGUGUCCUUCAAGGUUGAAUCGGACGUCGUGUCGCUCGAUGGAAGGGAUUUCCUUCAGACGGAUGCGGAGAUCGGCGACGAUGGGAAGCUGCACGUGACGGUGAGGAAAUCGACGUCGUCGCGGCGGUCGAUCGGCGGUGGGCCGUGCUCGAUCUCGGGGCUCACGCCCAGACCAUCGAACCUCACCGGAGCGGAGAUCUACAGCCUCAGCUCGUCGAGGAACCCGACGCCGCGCGGAUCGAAUUUCAACAAUUCCGACUGCUACGGGAUGUGCCCGACGCUGGGGCCCAGGCAGUCGAAUUUCGGUCAGGCCGAUCUGUAUUCGCUGCAGUCGUCUCGUGGGCCGACGCCGCGGCCGUCCAACUUCGAAGAGCAGAUGGCGUCGUCGCCGCGUUUCGGGUUCUAUCCGGCACAGAGUGCGCAAACUGCUUAUCCUGCGCCCAAUCCGGAGAUCUCCGCCAUUGGGCCGAAGAACUCAAAAACGCAUCAUCUGCAGCAGCAGCAGAUCAAGGCCCACCACGACGCGAAAGAGCUGCACAUGUUCGUAUGGAGUUCCAGCGCAUCGCCGGUGUCGGAAGGCGGCGGGCUCCACGUUUUCGGUGGCACCGAUUUCAGUGGGACCGAGCAAUCUGGACGGUCCGAUCACGGCGCCAAAGAGAUCAGAAUGCUGGUUGCUGACCAUCCUCAACCUGAAGUGCACAAAGCUGUAGUAGAAGGAGAGGAUUUUGGGGGCGAGGAUUUCAGCUUCGUGGGGAGAAGAGGGAUGGGAGAAGGAGAGGACGACAGAGAGAAAGAAGGGCCAGCGGGGCUGUCGAAGCUGGGGUCGAGUUCCACGGCCGAGCUGCACCCCAAAGGCGCCGGUAUCUCAGAUUCCGGUGCCGGUAAGCAGAUGCCUCCGGCGAGUGUCAUGACGCGGCUUAUCUUGAUCAUGGUGUGGAGGAAGCUUAUCCGCAACCCGAACACGUACUCGAGCCUUAUCGGGCUCAUCUGGUCUCUCGUUGCAUUCCGGUGGGAUGUUUCGAUGCCGAAGAUAAUCGAGAAGUCCAUCUCAAUACUCUCUGAUGCCGGACUUGGAAUGGCGAUGUUCAGCUUAGGGCUGUUUAUGGCGCUCCAACCGAAGAUAAUCGCAUGUGGCAAUUCGAUAGCCGCAUUCGCCAUGGCCGUCCGAUUCCUGACGGGCCCAGCAGUUAUGGCCGCUGCUUCCAUCGCAGUCGGCCUAAGGGGGACCCUUCUCCACAUUGCAAUCGUCCAGGCGGCUCUUCCACAAGGCAUCGUUCCCUUCGUUUUUGCCAAAGAAUACAACGUUCAUCCCGCCAUUCUCAGUACAGCGGUCAUAUUCGGAAUGCUGAUCGCUUUACCAAUUACUCUCGUUUACUACAUCAUUCUCGGAUUAUGAAUACGACGGAGAGUCAGUAAAACCGAUCACACCCAAUUUCCGAUGACUGGAAAAUCCAAUGACGGGCAAUUUUCCGACGGAAGUCAGGAAUUCUCAUGUUACCUAGGUGUAUCUGGGAUUUCUUUGGCACCUACCAACAGACCGACGGUGUUUGAAAGCGGCAGAUAUUCGCAUUGGAUAUGAGAAUCAGCGGUCGAUCGUAACUGACCCAUUUGAUUUUUCAGAGGGCCUCAUCUAUGGAUGGCUAAGAUGAAGUUAAAGCGAACGAAUUCAAUAGGAGAAACCUGCAGGAGUAAAGAGGAGAAAAUGGUUGAUAUAUUUUUUUAUAUUUUCUUUUUCUAAAAAAAUACAAUCUUGUAUUGAAAAUUCCUCGCUGCUUUUUGUAGUCUACAGAAGAGCAUGUUCUCCACCAUCAGAAAAAAAAAAAAGCAUUGGGAAUCAACACCUUCAUGAAAAAUGGUUUUCUUUUUCUUUUAUUUUCUUUUAUUUUCUUUUAUUUUUUUAACUUUUUCUUUUGUGAAAUGGCGUAGAUCCUGCAAUGGUUUCGGUUGUCUUCUUGCUUUUCUUCUGAAAAAGAGAAAUAUGGUGGAUUAUACUUGCUUUUUUUCGAAGAAUAGACUAUACACUGUAACUCGAUGUAUGCAUCCGAUCGAGACCGUCCAAAGUGGCCCACUUCUUAGAUCGACCCUUGGGUGAAAAUUUUGACGGUGG